UGGGUGUACAGUACAAUGGAGGAGUCCUGACUUGGCAAGAAGCUCAAGUAAAGUCUUUUUAUGAGGUGAGGGACUCCUCUGAGGAAGGUAAAGAACAGACUGAUGGGAAGGGCUUUUGAAAAUCAGUGAAGAAGUAAAAAGAAAAAAGACAUUGGAUAUUCUGUCCACACCCACUGCUGGGGAACUAUAAAGAUUCCUUGGUAAACAGAGGUUCCAUAACCCCACUGGCUCUGGAGAAGAGGCUUCUGUGCCCAACCGAAUAGCCAAACACUACUCAGCACCAUGCCUUACAACUGCUGCCUGCCCAACUUCAGCUGCCGCACCAGCUGCUCUUCCAGGCCCUGCCUGCCUCCCAGCUGCCAUAGCUGCACCCUCCCUGGGGCCUGCAACAUCCCUGCUAAUGUGGGCACUUGUGGCUGGUUCUGCGAAGGCUCCUUCAAUGGCAAGGAGAAGGAGACCAUGCAGUUCCUGAAUGACCGCCUGGCCAACUACCUGGAGAAGGUGCGGCAGCUGGAGAGGGAGAAUGCCGAGCUGGAAGGUAGGAUCCAAGAGUGGUGUCAAGAGCAAGUGCCCUAUGUGUGCCCAGACUACCAGUCCUAUUUCAGGACCAUUGAGGAGCUCCAGCAGAAGAUACUGUGCACCAAGGCAGAGAAUGCCAGGCUAGUGGUCCAGAUUGACAAUGCCAAGCUGGCUGCUGAUGACUUCAGAACCAAGUAUGAGACUGAGCUGUCCCUGCGCCAGCUGGUAGAAUCUGAUAUCAAUAGCCUACGCAAGAUCUUAGAUGAGCUGACCCUGUGCAAGUCGGACCUGGAGGCUCAGGUGGAAUCCCUGAAGGAAGAGCUGAUCUGUCUCAAGAGGAAUCAUGAGGAGGAAGUCAACAUUUUGCGCUGCCAGAUCGGAGAUCGUCUCAAUGUGGAGGUGGAUGCUGCCCCAACUGUGGACCUGAACAGGGUGCUGAAUGAGACCCGGUGUCAGUACGAGACCCUGGUGGAGAACAACCGUAGAGAUGUGGAGGAAUGGUUCACCACUCAGACAGAGGAACUCAACAAGCAGGUGGUAUCCAGCUCUGAGCAGCUGCAGAACUGCCAGGCCGAGAUCAUCGAGUUGAGACGCACGGUCAACGCCCUGGAGAUUGAACUGCAGGCCCAGCACAACCUGAGAGAUUCUCUGGAAAAUACCCUGACAGAGACUGAGGCCCGUUACAGCUCCCAGCUAUCCCAGGUACAGAGUAUGAUCACCAAUGUUGAAGACCAGCUAGCUGAGAUCCGCAGUGACCUGGAGAGGCAGAACCAAGAGUACCAAGUGCUCCUGGAUGUCCGGGCCCGGCUUGAGUGUGAGAUCUCUACCUACCGGGGUCUGCUGGAGAGUGAGGAUUGCAAGCUUCCCUGCAACCCUUGUGCUACAACCAAUGCCUGUGGCAAACCCAUUGGCCCCUGCCCAGUCACCAAUCCUUGCAUCCCAUGUGCCCCCUGUGCCCCCUGUGCCCCCUGUAUACCCUGUGCCCCUCAUUCACGCUAUGGUCCCUGCACCUCCUUCGUGCGCUAAAGGUGUCAUAGCAAGGAGGUGAAUGGAGGAAAAGGUCAAGUGCUUCUAACCAUCCCGGAACCCUGUUCACAUCAAUGGGAUGCUGGGAGAUGGGGAGGAAACACAUUGGAAAUAUAUACACCCUUAAAAUGGACCAUUCAGAGUUACACCCAAGGGUACUGGCUUUCCAGAGAUUUGGAAACUCAAGUAUGAUCGUCUGCCCCCUUUUUAAAAAUUGGGUUUGCUGUCUUCCCCGCUGCCUUAGAAUCUUCCUCAAAACACAAGAGGCACUCCUCUGUAACUUCUUAAUAAACUGACUUUCUUUUG